AUGCCUUCAAUAUUGGACAUUGCAACGAGCUCCGGGUUGGAAGCGAACUCUGUUACUUUGGAGACGCCAAUUGCUCCUCCUCCAUCGCUACCGAUUCCCCCCACCAUGGUCGCGAAUCCUGUCGACGAAAUCGACAAUUUCAAAACGAAUGGCAAUGCCGAGACACAAAAAGAGUUGAUGGUAUUGGCUCCGACUCUUGAAGACAUUGUUGCCGGAGGGAUUGCUACGACUUCAUACUCACCUGAGGAACUAGCACGAUUACAAGAGCGUCCAGUUGUUAAUAUCAAGUCUUUGGACGAUACUCACAGCGACUCUUCAAGGAGGUGUAAUAUUGCUGCUACCGAUCCCAUACCCGAAUUCGAGGAUUCGAAAGUGGCUCUUGGAUACGAAGACAAUAAAGCAAUAGAACUCUUGGAAUCGAACAACGAAUGUGUCGUCUCUACUUCCAAUAAAGGCAACGGACUUCCAGGAUUGGAAUUGGCGAACACAGCCACGAAUGAUCCAGAACUGCCUCACUCAAAAUGCAAAAAUGUAGCAACCGCACUUGGUGCCAGUACUGAAAGUUCUGACGGAUUCCGUUUGACUUCUCCGAACGAGAUUGAUCAAUCCAGUGAAAAUGGUCAUCCUGAAAAGAAAUGUCAAUCCGAUCGGAUGGUAUCAACAUCACAAGUGCACUUGUCCGGUCAGUUGGAAAGCUCAAAGUCAGGAUUGGUCAGUGUCCCGAUUUCUGGAGUGACGCCUGGUCAGAAUGAUGUUGAUCAGCAACCGCCCGAUGAAAUUGCCGAGAUGCAAGAACCACUGGCCGUAGUGGCUCCGGCGCGCAAGGAAACAGUCACCCCAGAACAUUCCCCUACGACAAAACUUUCUGCAGAAGCAGCACAAUUGGGGAAAAGUCAAGACGGCAAAAUCGACUUCAGUAAGAUUACUUACACCGACGCAGCCGCUGCUGACUCCAAACCCGAAGUUGAGCAGGCAAUGGUUGUUCUUGGAUGCGAGGAAAAUCCAUUAGUCAAUGUAAUGUCGGUUAGCGUAUUCUCUGCUUCUAAGGACGUCACCAAAGAUCCACAAGCGAAAUCGCUUGACACUACAGCGCAUUCUGUAGAACAGCCUCAUCACGAAAGCACAUCAAAGACGGUUACUGGUAGUGCUGAAAGCACUGACGGAGUCAAAUGGCUCUAUUCAACUUCUCCGAUUAAGCUUGAUAGCUCCAGUGAAGAUGAGGAUGUUGAAAAGAAUACUGAAUCCGUUCGGAUUGUAUCGACAUCAGAGAUGUGCUCGUCUGGUCAAUCGGAAAGCUCUAAAUCAGUACUGGCCAGUGUCCCGUCUUCUGGAGCUUCGUCUGGUCAGAAUGCUCUCGACAAGCAACCAUUUAAACCCGCAAACAAUGGCGAAAAGGAAGUCGGAGCUGUGUUGACUGCUAAAAGUGAUACGCAGAAGGGGGUUGACAAAAAGAUGCAGAUCAUCGACUCGGUCGGGUCCAUCAAAGGUGAAGAGCGGGGAAUAGACAGUCUUUUACUGGUAUCAACUUCAGCGGGCGAUUUGCCCCAGGGAGAUUCAACAUCGUCUGUGCCCACCAUUAUUGAAAUUGACCUGGCGAUGCCAGAGACAGAAUUCGCGCAAGGCGAAAAUUCGAGCAAAACGCGUACGCGCUUAAGUGGCCCUGCAAGUGCCGCACAGGGUCUUUCGUCUACUGGCACCAAAUUCAAAGCACCACAUGGCAAGCGUUCGUGCCCAGAAACACGAAAUGCGAGACUCGCACCGGUGAUUGGAGAACAAACUUUUCAAGGCAAUUCCGAUGGUAGGACGUCGUCAGUGGCCGAGUCUUCAAUGAGUUUGAGCAUGGUCCACCAAAACAAAAUUACAUCAGGUGAAUUACAUUCAACCGCACUGCCAAUGAGCAAAGAGACUCCGACAAAGUCGACAGAAACUGCUUUAAAAUUUUCUUUGUCGCGACGGUCUGCCGUAAAAAGCCCCUCUCUCAAACGCAGUGCUAGUUCCAACAAAACCCUUGCGGUCGGGACGGCUAUAUUGCAAGAUAAACCAAUGAUUGCCUCAACUCCUUUGGGUGCUGAUUCAGCUUCUGUCCUUUGGGACCUCGAACACUCCAACUUAUCCAGGAAAAAGCGACGCUACACCAAUACAAACGCUGAUAGCCCACAUGGAAGUUGUCACCUUCCUGUAAACAACCAGGAAGUCAUUGUUCUUCUUUCUUCGAGCGACGAUGAUCAAAGUGCUUCCGAAGCAUCCAAUCUCAAUGGCAUCCAAACCAACGUUGCCGAAAAGUUGGAACCUAGCGUUUCCAGUGAAAAAGAAGAGUCCUUCUGGAGCUUUAUGUUCCAGGAUGAAAGUAUUGAGGACUCUUGCUUGACGAUGCAGGAUGCAGAUGAGGACGACACAGUUUCCGAAUGCGAUAUUCCGAAUGAUUGCACUCAUAGCAAACAUGUACAGGGUUUGGCUCCCUCAGAGAACCAUGCUAGUAUCAGACCACCGGGGGUAAAUGCGGCGAAACCCUGCGGAUGCUGCUUAAAUUGCAUAAGAGCCUCGUGUGGGAUGUGCAACAAUUGCAUCCUUGGCAAGCGACAGUCGUGCUUUCAAAAGGUGGAUGAGUCUGAUAGCGCUGUGCAUGCUCCGUCAUUUCCUUCUGGUUGGCGCUUUUAUUUUGGGCAAGACAAGAAAUAUUGUGGAUUAUUCAUUUUAGGGCCUGGUGGGCUUCGGUACAAACGAGCGGAAAGCGCAGUCAACCGAUCUCCUAGUGCCCUGCGAAAUGUGGAUAUUCAGCAUUUUUACCAGUAUGUUGGAUUGGAUGACACAAGAGCUACUAACGAACGAACAAAUCAAAAAAGUUCCAGCUCAAUGGGGGUUGGGGUUCGCUGCUAUGCCAUGUACACAAACAGGCAAUGGUAUUGGGGUACUGUCCUUUUCGACGAUGGUGAUACCCGAGAUCGAGUUCCCUUUGGUAAUGGAUUGGAACUGAUUACAGAGAGCGAAUACCGUAAUUUGUAUCCAACUCAAAUAAUACCGAAACGUCCUAGCCGACUCGAACAAAGUGAUACUGAGCAGGAUUGCACCGUCCUCAAUGCCAGAGACCUGAGAAGGCGCCGUUGCCACAAUUGUUCAGCUUGCCGUACUGAAUCCUGCGGUUUUUGCUUUUCCUGCGUGUCAAAUAAGGAGAAUACAACAUUGUACAAGCAGCAGUGCUUCCUUACAGUUUGUUCUCAAAUAAAAGUAUCCGAGAAAGCCCAUGCCGUCCCGAGGCUGGAUUCGUAUACUUUUUAUUUCGACAAUGAGAAAAGUGACCGGUGUCCUCGAUGGCUUCCACCGAAGCUUGCAGGCCUAGUGGUGAUAGAUGCAAACGGAUCGACACAGCGGUUUACGAAAUCAAGUAAGCCAUGUACUUUGUUUGACUCUCGCAGUAAGGAGGUGCAAGAUUUUUAUGAAGGCUUUCUUGGAAUUCCGUUAAGAGAGCAGAAUGUGGAGCAUACUUUGGUAGGAAAAGGCUUUCGGCGUGAUUGGUUAGAUGUGAACGGAAACUGUAAAACCCUGUCAGGCAUAAUUUCGUCUUGCGAAAAGGAUAUUUUUUCAGGAGACUACUACUUCACAAUUACUUACGACAACUGGUCGCUGUCUUUCCUGGACUACCGAGCUGGCAAAGUACCUCAGCCAAACAAAGGGAUUCGGUGCGAAAGAUGGAUCUGCCCAGAUGCUUGCAAGGUGUCUGCAGCUAGUGUCACAUCAAAGAAUUUCCCACAUAUGUGCUUGUCUGUGAGAGGUUUCCUGUUGGAGUUCCAAGUAAAAAAGUCCACAAUCAAAGGUGCCGGGCUGGGUGUUUUUGUUAGAUGUGCCAGCAUGAACGAUUCCUUGAAGGCCGAGGGAUUGGUGCUGGCUGCAAGAGAGUACAUCGACUUAGGAAUUUACGCUCCGCUGGUACCAGAACAAAAAAUUCCGGAGCACGUCAACUUAGCUUUGAAUUUUGUUCAUGAAUGGAAGUGCGAAGAGUGGAACUUUUCGUUAUGGGGCCAUCCAACCGGUUGGAUAUACAAUAUCAGCGAUGUGGUAACGGGAGAGUUAAGCACAUCUUCUCGCCAAAACCUACUGUCGUACGUAAACGAGACGGACGGAAAAGAAGCACCGUUGAUACGUGCAGCCCAUGACCCCGAGGGUGCUGUUCAUUACCUGCUGGGUUUUGAACAAGGUGACAACUUGCAUUUGCCUCUAGACAGCAAUUGGAUGGAAUUGAAAAUAAACUACGGAAGUGGAUACGAAAAAGUGCGUGUUCGGAAAGGGUACUCUCGAUUGUCCCACUCUGAGCAAGAAAAGUUUCGUGAAUUGAUUGCGUCCGACGACAAGGACACCCUUGAUGAUGUCAUGAAAUGGAGUGCUCAAGAUCUCAUCCAAUGCCUCACCAAGUUUGAAGAGAGCUUUGUCAUCCAAAAAGGGGAUACCCCACUGAGGGAGAUUGCGGCCGCUCGCGCAAUACUUAUUGUGAUUCAGUUUAAGGAACGCAUCAAGUCAUUCCAGGAGGAAUUUGCCACACUGGAUGACGAUACCUCAUUUUGUGACAACGGGUACACUGACCUGGAAAAGCUUGACGUUGUUGGGAGGUGCACCAGACUACUUGGGGCUCUACUCAAUAGUGGUAGCACUCGAACUCAAGUAUGCAAGUUUAUUCUGAAAACAAGGGAAUUAUGUUCCACUUUGGCGACACUUUUAAAAUGGACGGAGAAAAUGCUGGCGACAAUGUCAGUCUCACGACUACGGAAGACAAUCGUCGGUGACGCGGUGUAA